AUGACAUCGCUGAUAUCUCCAAGAACUAUUCUCUCACAGCAAGCGGCUCCUAGUGAGCAAGGUGCACUGUUCUCGAGCAUGGCAUGUACAGAAGCUGUGGCAAGCAUGGUGUCUUCUACUGUGUAUAUACUCAUCUACAAUGCUACUAUAGAGACGUUUAAAGGUGCCACAUUCAUAGUCAUAGCUGGGAUGAGCGUGUUCUACACGAUACUCCUUGGAUUUAUGAUUUGUCUCAGAACGUCCAAGAAAAUUGAGUAUGAAACGCACACUGAAGGCCCUGCAGACGGGAAGACAGGUGUCUCCAGUAACGGUCAUAGUUCAUCAACAUUGUAG